AUAAAUAAGCUGCCGAGUCGCCACCCGGUGUUGGUUCCUUGAGGCCAAGAGACUCACUCGUCAACACCAUGUCCAAGACAGCACUCGCUCUUUUCGCCGUUGCGGCUUUCGCCACCCUUGCUUCUGCACAGAACUCCAAGUAUGCAGCCGAACUAACCAAAGCUGGAGAAAACGGCGGCCGCGCUGCCCGCGGAGUUCGACCAAGACUGGGUCAGCACCAGCUCCAAGGUGCGCUCGAACCGCAUCUCGGCGCAGAACGCACUGCUCAAAGGCUUGCCCUCCGCCGAGGCCAAGGCCGCCUUCAACAAGGCCAUCGCCGCGCUGGAACAGACCGCCGCCAGGGGGCAGACGUUCCUCACUGCGUUCAGGAAGCAACAGGGCACGCAGUUCACCGCCCUGGCCAACAAAUACCUGAACCUCGCAAAGGUGCGCUGAAAAAGAAAUCUUUGAAAAGUAACGAGAAAGUUUGGAUGUUCUCUCACCACCAGAUGCACUGA